AUGCUCCGCCACCUCUCGCCACCGACGCCGCCCUCUGGAGAGCUCCCCACCCCAGACGAAACAUCCGCUAGUGCACGUUCUUCCAGCGCAGAGCUGUGUGAUAUCGUGCCGCUCUCUCAAGCUUCUGCGGCUUUAGAUGAAGGCAGUAUUCAACUUGCACAGGACACGGUAGCAAUUGAGCCAGCCCCGACCCAAGCCAGCACAGUAGCCGACGCGAGCGAGCAAGACAGCGACGAACCAGACGAUAGCAACGACGAAGACUGGAGCGAUGCUGACGAAGCGUCCGAAGAGGAUGAAGUCCUGACAGGAGAGAGUGAGGCAGAAGAAGAAGCUGUGGAAGAAGCAGAGGACAUAAGUAUCAAUUUGAUCGAGGUCGAUGUCCACCAGCUCGUGACGGACUUUAUUCGUGAUGAUGCCUGUGAGCGACGUUGCCUCGAAGGCAAAGCCGGUGAGCUAGAGCAUCUUGUGCGCUCACUUGAACAGAUGACGAAGGCGGAGAAAACUACGUGUAUUUUGACACUUAUCGGCGUACUGAUGCAGACGGAUACUGCAGAACGGCGUCGCGGCACUGGUGAACGAGAGAAAUUCCACUACUACCUGCCAUUCGUGGGGCACGUCUGCCGCCCUUCGUUUGCGAGGUGUCUUGGGGUGCAGCCGCUUACUGUGCCGCGAUACAAGCGCCGAGUCCGGGACGGCUGCCUAGCUGCCGCAGCUCAUGGCAAUAAGGCCAACAAAAACGCAUCGAAGGUGGAUUUGAGGUUGGAGAAGUGGUGCCAGUCAGGUCGCGAAGACUACACGCUUCUGCCUGCGAUCUUUACCUGGGAUACCGUCUACGAAGAGAUGCACAAGUUCGUGGAGCGAGGACUUCGCGUAUACGAACCAGCACGCUCCACCUUUCGCAAACUACUGUCGAUUCACUGCCCGACGAUCCGGAUCCGGUCGAGGCAGUCAAACGUAUGUGACUUGUGCAGCAUUUACCAGACGCGCAUGCGCCAUGGUGCUAUUGCCGAUAAAACAGAGGAGCUCGGCCAGCAUACCGAGUCUGCCCGGCGAAUGAGACGCGAAUACAAGAAGGAUAAAGCUGCCUCGCAAGCUGCGGACACUGAUCUCGCCGUCUUGGUCAUGGAUUUCUCACAGAAUCUCACGAUACCUUCCGUCACGUCCACGCCUUCACACUGGUACUUUUGCUCACUUCUAGCGGUGAAUCUCUUCGGAAUUUUCUACGAGAACAACGGGACUCAAACGAACUAUGUGUACGAUGAGUUUGCGAGUGGGAAGGGUAGCGACCAGAUAAUCUCCAUGCUCCAGCACUUCAUCCGCACCGUGCUGGUGCCAGCGGGCAAAAAGCACCUCGUUGUAUACGCGGACAAUUGCUCUGGCCAAAACAAGAAUAACCACGUUAUUCGCUUCUUCCUGGCCCAGGUACAGUACGGCACUUUCGAGCGAGUGGACUACAAAUUUUUUGUGAAGGGCCACACAAAAAAUUCAUGCGACCGUGGCUUCGGUCACAUCCGGAAGCGAGUGAGCCGCUCAGACUGCUGGACGAUGGAUCACAUCGUCAGAGCUGUCGACGAUUCUGCGACAACGAACACAACGAUUUCGCGUGGGAACGAGUUUUUAAAGAGCUACAAGCCUCUAGUGGAAGAGCUCGACAAGAAACUCGUGGGUGUACAGCAGUACCAGGUCUUCAAACCCGGUGUUGUGCAGUGCAGGAAAGGCCCGGACGAUAAACCUAUUGAGAAGGAUCUCCGCCGCAAAGUUGAUGGUGUUUUUACAGACGGACACAAGGUAACCCGCAUGUUGGAUCACUUCCUCGAAGACCUGGAGCCUCCUGCCGAGAAGUCUGAAAAGAUCGCUGAGCUGCAUAAAAAUAUCCGGCCGUAUGUACCAGAAGAGUUUCAGUCGAACCCGAUUUACGCGGCUCCGAGCAAGGAACAAGGUGAAGACGCAAAAGCUGCAAAACAAGCUCGUCGGGAGCACCGAGCAGCCAUGGCCGUUGCUGCAAAGGCCACUCUAAACCGUCGCGGACGAGAUGCUGAGAACGCGGGUCAUCCAGUUCAAAAAAAAUUGCGGAAGUAA